AUGAUUCCCAACCCCAUUGAAAUUGUCUGUGUCCACGUGGUCCAGCCGAUCAUUGAUUUUCUGGGCUACCUACUAUGGGAUGUCCACUUCAUCGGCUUCCUAGCUGGCGUUGCCAUCCUGGGAAUCAUCCUGGGACUCAUCCUUGGGAUCUUGUCUGUAAUUUGGUAUAAGUCUACACGGGACGAGAAAACCGAGCAGAGUUACCCCGAAGAAGGUGUGUUGGCCAAUGGAAAAAAGGACGCCUAAUAUUGAUGGCCUGCAUUGUUUAUUUGAAUUUACAAGUUGGUUAGUUUAGUGAUUAAAAUUACUGAAUCGUGA